UGAAUGAAUUGGUGGCAUGGUUAUCAUGACGCUCAAGCUACUGUGUGCGCACGCUACAGGUCAAACGGGCAAUGUAUAAUACGUCUGCAUUUGGAUUUGUAACCGUUUUUGUGAGGUAGAGAACUCGAUUUUUCGUAGUCAUUGGACCGGCAAGAUUUGUUGUAUUGAAGGUGUACUUGACUGAGGCGGAAAUAAAGCCUUGAGCAGGGUCAUGGAGCGUAGGAAUCGUGAGAAAUACGCCACAAGAAUGUAACGCCGUAGUUGAGAGCAGACGUGUACAUCCUCUCCCCAUCAGUGAAAGUGUUGAGGCACCAACAUUCAACGCGGCACAUUGUUGUUGAUGUUUUCUUUUAAACGUCUGUGGAAAUAAGACAAGCCUAACGAUAACCGACGACCAACGUCGGACUGACGAACGGGGGGAGAAAUUGACUGAUCUCCCCGUGUCUAUUUUGCCUGGCGCCGCUCCGUUCAUACUUGCCAUAUAAACACAGUUUAUCGAAGAUGGAUAUAUCUGUGAGACUGAUCGCAACAGUGUUUGGGGUAUUUUUGCUUGCCGGAAUCGUCAGAACACAAGGUGACUGUAAUCCCAACCCGUGCCAGAACAACGCUUUCUGCGUACUUCAACAGAACAAUCAGACAUUCUGCGAGUGUGCGGGGGGUUACCAUGGCGAGAUGUGCCAGAAUCCCCUACCCUCUAACCCACGCAAAAGCUGCAAUGCGAACCAACAAUACUUCUACGGCCUGACAAGAGGCUUUCUGACGUCGCCAAAUCAUCCGGAGAACUACACCAAUAAUCAGCUCUGCUGGUACUUUCUCGGUGUCGCAGACGCCAACAAGUUUCGGCUGAACUUCCACGUUUUGGAUUUUGAAGAAAAUAAGGACUUUAUAAAGUUUGGAGGUGGGCCAGUCGUUGAUGAGAAUGCGGUAGUGUCGUACGACGGUCUGCAAGACCCUCCGCCAGGCCCUCUGGAAAUCACCGGGAACAAGGUGUGGAUCCGAUUCGAAACAGACUUGAACGUUGUCAGGUCGGGGUUCAAUAUCAGCUGGGUUGUAGAUGGUGACGAGUGCAAAGUUGACCCCUGCGCACCAGGAGAAAUUUGCUUUGAUGAGGAAUACUCCUACAGAUGUCAAGCUAUAAAUGAAUGCGAAAGUGCUCCGUGUCGGAACAAUGGUACCUGCGUGGACGGAGUCCUUAAAUUUGAAUGCGUGUGCCCACCAGGGUAUGAAGGAGUCACAUGUGAUACACUUAUUAACCGCUGCGAUAACAACCCAUGUAUGAAUGGAGGCAUCUGCAUCAACCAGCCGACAUUCUACAUUUGCCAGUGUGUCAAUGGCUACACCGGACCUCAGUGCUUACAGGAUCAGGAUGAAUGCGCCAGCAACCCAUGCUCAGUUAAUAGUAACUGUAUCAAUGGGCGCAACAACUAUACGUGCGAUUGCUUUCCUGGUUACACUGGCAUCAACUGUGGAACAGAUAUCAACGAGUGUUUUUCCAAUCCGUGCAUGAACGGAGGCGUGUGUACCAACCUUAUCAAUAGCUACAGCUGUUUCUGCCCUCUGGGGUUCACAGGAUCCCGGUGUGAGACAGAUAUCAAUGAAUGUAGCAGUGUUCCGUGCCAGAACCAGGGCCGCUGUACGGAUCUGGUCAAUGAGUACCGGUGUACUUGUGCCCCGGGCUUUAGCGGCCCACAGUGUCUAAUAGACAUCAAUGAGUGUUCUCCAAACCCCUGCAUGAAUGGUGCUACCUGCACAGACUUCAUCAAUAGGUUUGAGUGCCGCUGUGCUCCUGGAUACACGGACACCGUCUGCGGAACUGAUAUCAAUGAGUGCGCCAACAACCCCUGCAGGAACGGUCAGUGCGACGAUUUGGUCAAUGCAUAUAGGUGUAAUUGCUUCCCUGGAUACACGGGAUCCAACUGUGACAUAGGGAUUGAUGAGUGCGCUAGUGGGCCAUGUCUGAUGGGCAGCACCUGCAACGAUCAGGUCAACGGAUACUUCUGCGACUGCGUCCCCGGCUACACUGGUGUCCACUGUGAUACGAAUAUCGACGAAUGCAGCAGCCAGCCAUGUAUGAACAAUGCCACAUGCGUGGACGUCAUUAAUUCCUUCCUUUGCCUGUGUGACGCCGGCUACCAGGGAACUUUAUGCCAGGACGAUAUCAACGAGUGUGGCAGCGGGCCGUGUCUUAACAAUGGUCAGUGCACCGACAACAUCAACCACUUCAUCUGUUCCUGUCCCACCGGCUAUGCAGGGCUUCGUUGCGAACUCAAUGUGCAGGAGUGUGUCAGUAAUCCAUGUCAGAAUGAUGGAGUGUGCGACGACAGAGUCAACUCGUAUGCUUGUAUCUGUAAACCAGGCUGGACGGGAAGCAACUGUGAACUCUCUGUGGACGACUGCGUGGGUUUUCCCUGCCGGAAUGGCGGCACGUGUCGCGACGGCCAUCAAUCCCACACAUGUAACUGUUUCCCUGGCUUCAGCGGUGUCAACUGUGAAAUCAAUGACAAUGAGUGCAGCAGUCUUCCCUGCUUAAAUGACGGUAUCUGUACAGACGGCGUCAACAUGUUCACCUGUCAAUGUACCGGUGGAUGGAGAGGACUCCGCUGUGAAAUGGACGUGAAUGAGUGCGCCAGCAACCCGUGUUUCAACAAUGGUGUUUGCAUCAACGGUCGCAACAGUUACCGCUGUAGUUGCCUGUCUGGCUGGGAGGGUCUGCGUUGCAGUAUCGAAACCAACGAAUGCCAGCCGCCCACUGGUAACCCCUGCAGUCACGGAGGUACCUGCAUUGACAGGAUCAACUCGUAUGAGUGCAUCUGUGCGCCGGGCUACGAGGGAUCCAACUGUGAACGAGAUAUCAAUGAAUGUUCAAGUUCCCCUUGUGAGAACAAUGGCGUUUGCAGCAACCUCAUCAAUGCUUACACCUGUACGUGUAUCCCAGGCUACUCAGGACUCAACUGCCAAAUCGAGGACAACCCUUGCGCCGUUAUGCCGUGUAGCAAUGGCGGCACGUGUGUUAAUCGCAUCAGUUAUUACACGUGUAGCUGUCCGCAGGGUUUCAUUGGUCUCAACUGUGAGGACGAUUUUGAUGAGUGCCAAGGCAACCAAUGUCAGAACGGAGGCACCUGCAAUAACCUAAUUGGAUCCUACUCCUGUACCUGUGUCGCUGGCUGGACUGGCAACAACUGUCAAAUUAACGUUAACGAAUGCUCCAUCAACCCUUGUCUCAAUGGCGGUACGUGCACCGACCUGAUCAACCGUUACAUCUGCACAUGCCCGCCGCAGUACGCUGGCCCGGUGUGCCAGACGGAGCUAGACGCUUGCCGCAAUAACCCCUGCCGGAACCAAGGAACCUGCAUCAACUUCAACACGUACUUCCGCUGUUCGUGCCCGGCUGGGUGGGUCGGGGAUACCUGUGAGAUCGCUUCCACCAAUGAAUGCGCCUUGAACCCCUGUGCUAAUGGAGGCACCUGCCGUGAUCUACAGGCCAACUACGUCUGUGAUUGUGUCUCGGGGUACACCGGCAGAAACUGCAAUGAAAAUAUCAAUGACUGUCUGACAAUACUUUGUCUGAACGGAGGGGCGUGCAUUGACGGCAUCAACGACAUAACCUGUAACUGCCGACCAGGGUUCACUGGGAGGUUAUGUGAAACAAAUGUUAAUGAGUGCAGCAGUUUCCCAUGCGUCAACGGCGGCAUUUGCACCGAUCAUGUCAACCGCUACACGUGCAGCUGUAUAGGCAAAUGGACUGGCGUCAACUGCGAGACGAGUCUGAAUGAGUGUAUGAGCAACCCAUGUUCCAAUGGUGUGUGUAUUGACUUGGAGGACUCAUUCAGCUGCUCUUGCACAUCUGGCUGGACAGGGGCUCUCUGUAGCGAGGAUUUCAACGAGUGUGACAGCAAUCCUUGUCUGAACCUUGGCAAUUGCAUCAAUCAGAUGAACUCCUUCUCCUGCCAGUGUGCUGCCGGCUGGACCGGAAGGACCUGUGAUGGCAAUAUUGAUGAGUGUGUCAGCACUCCGUGUCGGAACGGAGGAACCUGCGUUGAUCGGGUCAAUAGUUACUCAUGUGACUGUGAUGCAGCCUGGACUGGCGCGAGGUGCGAAAUCGGUGUUGAUGAAUGUGCAAGCAACCCUUGCCUGAAUGGAGCUACAUGCCAGGACGGGAUUGGCCGGUACUCAUGCCUCUGCCUUCAAGGCUUCAUGGGAACCAUUUGUCAAAUCAAUAUUGAUGAGUGUCGUAGCAACCCUUGCUUCAAUGGCGACUGUACGGAUCUAGACAAUGGUUACAACUGCACAUGUAGACCGGGCUGGACUGGUACCCAGUGUAGUAUAGAUAUUAACGAGUGCGCCCCUGUCAACCCGUGCCAGAAUAACGGCUUGUGUGUCAACCAAGAGGCAACGUUCAUCUGCCAUUGUCAGCCUGGCUGGACGGGACAGCUGUGCGACAUAGAUGUGGAUGAGUGUUCCAACGCUCCUUGCUUGAACCAAGGAGUGUGUGUGAAUCUUCUGAACUCCUUCCGUUGUGACUGCCCAGCAGGCUUCAUUGGCUUCACUUGCGAAACCAACAUCAAUGAUUGUGCCUCCAUUCCAUGUCUGAACCGCGGACUCUGUAUUGACGGCAUACUGAGCUAUACCUGUCAGUGUUUGGCUGGCUAUGCUGGUGAACGCUGCCAAACUAAUGUUGAUGAAUGCCUGAGCAACCCUUGUCAGAACAACGCUCUGUGCUUGGACGUCAUCAAUGGGUACACCUGCGAAUGUGUCAGAGGCUUCACUGGAAUCCACUGCCAGACCAAUAUUGAUGAUUGUCGGAACACCAAUCCUUGUCUGAACGGUGGCUCUUGCAACGACGGCAUCAAUAGCUAUACCUGCCAAUGUCUACCAGGAUGGAGUGGGGGCAACUGCCAAUUCCGUGCUCAGUGUGUGGCCAACUACACCAUUCCCGCCGGCGGUAGCGCUAACAUUGCUUCACCAGAAUUCCCCUCCAACUAUCGCAGCAACGAGGAGUGUCGCUGGUUCAUCUUCGCCCAGCCCGGCAAGCACAUCCUGGUGCAGUUUGACGACUUUGCCACGGAGUCGCAGUAUGACUACGUCAGCGUGGGUAACGGCGUGGACCCCAGCGAUUUGGGCUCGCAAGUUGUCCACUACGCUGGUAUGAAUCUACCGCCCGCCUUCCUGGCGACCGGUAGCGUGGUGUGGGCGACGUUCAUCACUGACCACUCCAAGACUGAGAAGGGAUUCAGUAUCACCUUCAUGGAGCGAGACAAUGCUGAUCUCGACAAUGAAUGUCUGAGCAACCCUUGCUUGAACGGAGCUACGUGCGUCAACAGUGUCGGCAAGUACGUCUGCAUGUGCCACCGUUACUUCACCGGAACCAACUGUGAAACGGAACUGGCGGAGAAUGUAUGCUCAGGGACCCCUUGCCCGGUCGGUGCUACCUGUGUGCCUACCAAUGACACCUAUGUCUGCAACUGCCUGGCAGAAACAGUCGACAACAGAUGCUUGAAAGUAAUCACACCAAGAACCCCAUGCGACAAUACACCGUGUGCGCAGGGUGCAACCUGUCAAGAUACUACUGAUGGUACUGACUACAUAUGCAAUUGCACCUCUGGAUGGACCGGACGAAACUGCAAUAUGGAUUUUGAUGAAUGUUCCAGCAACCCUUGCCGCAAUAGCGGAAGUUGCGUCAAUGGUUUUGGCCAGUUUAGUUGCAGCUGUACGUCAGGCUUCACAGGCUUGCUCUGCGAGACGGAUAUUUCCACAGCGGUGUGCAACCCCAACCCAUGCCAGAAUGGCGGUUCAUGCAACUUCAUCAACGACCAGUACAGAUGCUGGUGUGUGGACGGUUACAUAGGGGCAAACUGCGAACUAGACCGUAACGAGUGUGCAGAUUGUCCAUGUAAGAACGGCUACGCUUGCGAGGAUCUGCUGGAUGCAUACAGAUGUAACUGCUCGGCGGUAAUGGGACCUCAGUGCCUAGGAGCCGCGGCAUGCAGAAGUGAGCCUUGUAAGAAUCAAGGCAUUUGUAAAGAGAUCCCCAAUGAUGACUAUGAGUGUACAUGCCCAGCAGGAUGGUCUGGAAAGGAUUGCUCAAAAGUUGUGGAUGCUAACCUGGAGUGUAUGACCAACAACUACUGUGCCAAUAAUGGCAUCUGUAUCAUGGACAACGGCAACAUGGUCUGCUCCUGCCAGAAGGGCUAUGCUGGAGAUCGCUGCCAGACAGAUUUGAAUCCUUGCGUCAUUGACAAGUGCAGCAAUGGGGGGACUUGCAGAAAAGUCUCCAACACUAACUCCACCUGCGACUGCCCGGCUGGAUACGCAGGCGACUACUGCAAUAUUGAAGUGGACGAGUGUGUCGGCAAUCCAUGUCGAAAUGGAGGCACUUGCAAGGAUUUAUUGAACGGUUUCAAUUGCACCUGUCCCCUAGAUUAUACAGGGACAAUGUGUGAGACGUCUACUGUUCGACCCACUUCGGCUCCAGUGACCUCCUUGGAAUGGGAAUGGAUCGUCAUCUUGACCAUCCUGGCUGUACUGGUCCUGAUUCUCAUCAUUCUUCUGAUCGCCUGCGCCUGCAUAUGGAACACUGGCAAAAAGGCGGAAUAGGUAUAGCCACAUCCUUCAUAUUGUGGCAAUUGUGUAGUUCCCAUAAGAAAAAAAAAAUCCACUUUUAGCAUUUCUAUAGGUUAUUGUCGUUACCAAACAAGUUAGCGACACUUAAAAACAACAAGAGUAUUUUGGAUAGAGAGCAGGGCUUUGAUUUUUGGAGAGAAAUUUUGGAGUAAAUUAAUGAGGAACGUGGCAAAACACAGCACAAAAUUGGCGAUCGCCGCUACACACCGUGAAUGCGCCAAUAGUGCCUUGAUUCGCAUGGUGUCAACUGUAAAAUGCAUGAGAAAAUCAAACUUUCUACCGAACGAUACUGUGCAAAAUUACCAAAAAAUAUGGUCAUUUGGGAUUGAAAGAACCUACCUAUUGCAGAAGUCAUUUUGGAAUAACAACACUUAAAGGACUAAAACAAAAGAGGGCCCGUAACUACACAAUUGCCUUCACUGUCUUCCAUUGCUAGAGAUGUCGCUCUAAUGUAGCCCAAGUUGCUAGCUGAACACUGCUUUAUGUGAGUACAUUGGUACCAAUAUUUUGACUGGAAUAAAUAUGGCAGCAAAUUGUUGAUACGAACGCAUUGCAACAAUUUUAAUUGUAAAGAUAGAAUGAGUCAUCGUAGGUUUUUUUAACUUGAUAAAGACUUUAAUAAAAGCGUAGUUUCAGGAAGAUUCCAGCGGGAAAAGAGUUGAUUAAAUUAUCAUUUUUCAUCGAGUUGUCACUUUUUGAUGUGCAACAGAAUUCUCGACAUAAUCUUUAUGUUGAUAUUUUGUACACAGAUGUGUCAAUAGUGUAUUCAACUUUAUAAAAAAAAAACCUAUUCAGGAACCAGAAUCUACCCACCUAAUGCAGAAUCUAUUCUUGGCUGUUGAGAUCUAAAACUCCGCUGAUAAAUCCCAAUAGCAAACGAAGCACAUCCACCUCUGAAAGGCUAAAGCAAUAACAGUUGUAUGUGUCCACAAAGAAAUGCAACUUUUAAAUCAUGGUAUUUUUUAAGCAGAUGUAGUACGGCCUAUUUUAGUCCAAAUUGUAUUUUUAAAACCCAGAGAAUUUACUGAAUUGCUUAGUGAAAGAAAAAAAAACAUUGUCUAUCUGUUGUUGAUCUUUAGAAUAAUAAUUACAAAUUUUGGAUAAAUUACUGACACUAGUUUCCUUGAAUUAAUUGCAUAUUGACCAAUGGAAGAGUAUUUGCUCAUGAAUAUGUAUGAGGUUUUAUGAUACAGUCGAGUCUCGUUAAUACAAACUUGUUCGGACCUAGCCAAAUUGUUUGUUA